AUGUCAGACCUAGGGCUUCUUCAUCACUUUCUAGGGAUUGGUGUAUUGCAGACCAAUCAAGGAGUUUUUAUUCACCAAAGUAAGUAUGCUAAGUCUCUACUUACUAAGUUCGGACUUGAGGACUGCAAUCCAGUUGCAAUUCCUCUAACCGUGGGUGAAAAAUUAAAGAAGCAAGAUGGCAGUGAACCUGCAGAUGAAGGGUUGUAUAGAAGGAUAGUGGGAAGCUUGCUGUAUUUGACAGCAACAAGGCCAGACCUAAUGUAUUCAACAAACUUACUAUCAAGAUUCAUGAGUUGCCCUACAAAGAAACAUAUGGGGAUUGCUAGAAGGGUAUUGAGAUAUGUUCAAGGUACCCUAGACUAUGGGAUUGAGUACACAAGAGGCAAAUCAGCUACUCUAAUCGGUUAUUGUGAUGCUGAUUGGGGGGGCAGUGAGGAUGAUAGCAGGAGUACCUCAGGCUAUGCUUUUAGCUUUGGAAGUGGUGUGUUCUCUUGGGCUUCUGUAAAACAGAGCACAGUGGCUCUGUCAACAGCAGAAGCUGAGUAUGUCUCAGCUUCUGAAGCCACGGCACAAGCCAUUUGGCUUAGGUUUGUGCUUGAAGAUUUUGGAGAGAUGCAGGCUGAGGCAACUCCAUUGUAUUGUGACAACAUGUCAGCAAUAUCGAUGGCCAAAAAUCCUGUUUUCCAUCAGAAAACAAGACACAUAAACAGGAGAUAUCACUUUAUCAGGGAAUCUUUGAAAGAAGGGUUGAUCAACAUGCAAUUCUGUAGGGGUGAGGACCAGUUGGCUGAUAUAUUCACCAAGGCUCUACCUAAAGACAGAUUCAACUAUCUAAGACUGACUCUUGGGGUUAAACCAGUCAGCAACUUAGGAGAGGCUGUUGGUGUUACCUUCCAUGAAGUCACAACACAUGUGAUUGGCCUUAACAUCAGUGGUUACAGCAUUUCUGAUCUUGUUAAUUCGAGUGACAUCCUUGACCUCUCCUACCUUGAAAGACUAAAUCUUGUCAAUUGCAAUAUUAGAGAAAUCCCGAGGUUUCUCCGAAACCUAGAUGGGUUGGUUGAGCUAGACCUUUCUAACAACAAAAUCCAUGGCCAAGUGCCGAAAUGGAUUUGGCAAUUACAAAGUUUGGUUCACUUGAAUUUGUCCAACAAUUCUCUUAAUGGAAUUGAAGUUCCAGUUUCUAGUCAACCAUUGGAUUCAUUGAUCUUCCUUGAUCUCACAUCCAACUUGUUAGAAGGGUCAAUCCCAGUUCUACCAUCCUCCAUCAAAUUUCUCUCACUUGCCAUCAACAAGCUCACCAGAGAGAUUCCUGUGUCAUUCUGCAAACCUUCCUCAGGUUCUUUGCUUACUUCAUGGAAGCCUAACACUGAUUGUUGCUCAUGGGAAAGUGUCAAUUGCCAUGAAGUUACAAAACAUGUGAUUGGCCUUAACCUUAGUGGUCACAACCUUUCUGGUCUUGUUAAGUCAAUCAAGUUUCUUAACCUCCCCUACCUUGAAAGGCUGAAUCUUGUCAACUGCAAUAUUGGAGAAAUCCCGAGUUUCGUGCAGAAACUAGGUGGGUUGGUUGAGCUUGACCUUUCUAUCAACAAAAUCCAUGGCAAAUUGCCUAAAUGGAUUUGGCUGUUAGAAAGCUUAGUUUACUUAAAUCUGUCUAACAAUUUCUUGGAUGGAUUUGAAGCACCACCUUCUGCUCCAUUUUUAAGCUCUUUGACCUCUCUCGAUCUUACCUCCAAUUUAAUGGAAGGAUCGAUUCCAACUCUACCAAUCUCUAUCAGCUUCCUCUCACUUGCAAAGAACAAGCUCACUGGAGAGAUUCCUGUAUCAUUAUGCAGCUUGAGCAACCUGACAAUCUUGGAUGCCUGUUAUAAUUACAUGUCAGGCCUAAUUCCAAAAUGUCUUGAGGUCCUUGGUGAUACCCUCAUCGUACUAAAUCUGCGGAAGAAUAGAUUUUCCGGAUUGAUGCCCUGGAAAUUCACUAAAGAAUGCAGCCUCAAGACACUCAACUUAUAUGCUAAUCAGUUGACAGGGAAAAUUCCAAUGUCUCUGAAGCAUUGUAAACGCCUUCAAGUUUUAGACCUUGGAGAUAACCAGAUUAACGACACGUUUCCUUUCUGGUUAGGGGUGCUUCCCGAUUUGCGUGUUCUUAUCCUACAAUCAAAUAGUUUGCGUGGUCCCAUUGGUGAGCCAUUGACAUCAAAUGACUUCCCAAUGCUUCAAAUCUUGGAUCUAUCCUCGAAUUAUUUCACAGGAAAUUUGCCAUUGGAUUACUUUGCAAUAUGGAAGUCAAUAAGGAUCAAGUUGAAUGGGUCACUGAUGUAUAUGGGAUCUUACUAUUACAGGGAGUGGAUGUCAAUAACAAGCAAAGGACAAAGAAUGGAUGAUAUAAACAUCUUAACAAUUUUCAAUGUCCUAGACCUGUCAAACAAUCUUUUUGAAGGAGAGAUUCCUGAAGUGAUUGGUGAUCUCAAGUUGCUAGAGGUACUCAAUCUGUCUACAAAUAAUCUGAUAGGUGAGAUCCCACUAUCUUUAUCAAAGUUGACAUUGCUUGAGUCCUUAGACCUCUCAAAAAACAAGCUCAUAGGUGAGAUCCCAAUGAAACUAUUAAGCUUGACAUUCCUAUCGGUUCUCAACCUUUCGUAUAAUAGGUUAGAGGGGAAGAUUCCAAUAGGGAAUCAAUUUUCUACCUUCGCUAAUGAUUCCUACGAGGGAAACAUUGGGUUGUGCGGGUUCCCAUUGUCAAAGAAAUGUGAUGAUGUUGAAGAUCAUCAGUCAUCAGGAGCUCAACGAGAAAGCAUCCUUUCGGAUCCAGGUAGUCCAUUUAGUUGGAAAUUUGCUUUGGUUGGAUAUGGAUGUGGGGCGCCUGUGAGAGUUGCCAUUGGUUACAUCUUGUUUUGGAGGACCAAGAGAUGCAAUAAGUGGAUUGAACAAUCAUUCAAGGCAUAG